AAGUGACAACAGCUAGAGCAAGUGAAGGCAGGUAAAUUUUUGGCUGGGCUGCUACAAGAUUUCUGACCACUUCAAAAGAAAUGUCGAGAGUGCUCAAAGGAGACUGAAGGAGCCACAGAGAUGUUCUGGCAUUAACAAGGAGAAAUCACAAGGAAGGAUCAUAUAGCAUGGAUAUCCAGGUGCAAUUUUCUCUUGUGCGAUGCUAAGGAGGGGUAACAGCCAGUUAGUUAACUGCAUGAUUCCAUGGGGACAUAAAGUUCUGCACAGUUCUGUAGUUAUUGUGAGGAAAGUCACUGGGAGAGCUGAGCUUUGGUGCCCUUGUAGAAGAAAAAUCCUACUCAAGCUUGUUCUUGUUGGCAUCUUCCUCCUUCCUUGAGCCUGCAGAGCAGAGGAGGCACCCUGCUAUUCGCCAUGACAAACAGCAGUUUGACUCUAAGCAGCCUGGAUGCAGUUUACAUCACCAUCGAGUUCAUUAUUGGGAUAUCUGCAACCGUGGGCAACAUCCUGGUCAUCUGGGUGGUGAAGCUGAACCCAGCUUUUCAGACAAAUACCUUCUACUUCAUUGUCUCCCUGGCGCUGGCCGAUAUAGCCGUGGGCAUCCUUGUCAUGCCACUGGCCAUCGUGGUGAGCCUGGGAGUCGACAUCCACUUCUACUCCUGCCUCUUCAUGUGCUGCCUGAUGGUGGUUUUCACUAAUGCCUCCAUCCUGUCUCUCCUGGCUAUAGCAAUCGACAGGUACCUAAGAGUGAAGCUGCCCACCAGGUACAGAAUAAUCACCACGAAGAGAAGAAUCUGGGUGGCUCUUGGAAUUUGCUGGUUGUUGUCCUUGCUGACAGGAUUUGUCCCCAUGUUCGGAUGGAAUAAAAGGAUUGACCCAAAAAUGCCCAGUGAAUUCAAGUGUAAAUUCACCUCUGUGAUGAGCAUGGACUACAUGGUGUAUUUCAACUUCUUCGCCUGGAUCCUCAUCCCUCUGAUCCUCAUGUGUGCUCUGUACAUCGAGAUCUUCUACAUUAUCCGAACAAAGCUAAGUCAAAGUGCAACAAACACAAAUGCAGGAGUGUUUUACGGGAAGGAGUUCAAGGCGGCCAAAUCUUUGGCCCUCGUCCUCUUCUUGUUUGCGAUUUGUUGGCUGCCUUUGUCCAUUCUAAACUGUAUUGGCCGUUUCUGUCUCAACUGUCAAAUCCCGUCGCAUCUGUUGUACGUGAGCAUUCUGCUGUCUCACUCCAAUUCGGUCAUGAAUCCCGUUGUCUAUGCUUGCAAGAUAAAGAAGUUCAAAGACACUUAUACUCUUAUUUUAAGAACCCAUGUCCUGCGCAUGAGUCCAAAGCUGGUCAGUUCUAGCAUGGAGCAAACAUCAGAGUGCGACCCAGUGACUCCUUGAUGCCAACUGGCAGAGGGUCCAAGGGGCACGCAUAGGAUUUUACAGGGAUUCCCUGGGUCACAUAUAUGCAUAAUAAUUCACCAAAUGAUGGCAAAUGAGGUCUCUACCGAGAGACAGUAGCCCACUGCUCAUCAUAACCAUUGCAAUAUGUAUGGAUGGAUAAUAUUUAAUGAGUUAUGUAUCUAUAUUGAAAAUAAUGUUCUUAAGGUCUUUGAGUCAAAGCAUGUCACAUACCUUGGUAAUGUUCUUUUCAGACAAGUGGUAAUAUCUCCGUCUGGUCAUUUGUGUAGUGUGUAGUGCGUAUCUCACAAUGUAUGCCUAUUUGCAUAUUGAGCCAGGUGCUAAUUAAGAGACUGUAAAAAUCUACAAGAGAGGAAAUCUACAGGAAGAAAAAACAAAAGGAGAGUUUCCUGCUUAUGAAUAAAGACAAAGGAUUGUUUUGGGUAUAUCUUGGUGUGCAAAGGGACACACUGAAACCUUCACCUUGGAGGCAAACUGACAGCAUACAUAUCUCGUGCAAGGGAGGGGUCAUAGCCAGCCUGGCUGCAAAGUGCUGCAAGGAUUUUUAGAGGAGCAAUACUCUACUAGCCAUGAGAGUAUCUUGUUAAUUAAGUCUAGGCUCUAGAAUGCAUGCUAUGAUUUUAUUCUUUAUGGAACCAUUGUUUCCAAUAUUUCUACUUGCUUCUACUCGAAUUGUUAUGCGUUGUUAAAUAAACUUGUAUUUGAUUUAACUAUGAA